AUCAUCUUCGGUGUUCAAUCAGUUCGUCAUUGGAAGUUGUUGAACGUAGUCCUCAAGCCUGAACCCAACAUGCCAAAAACACAGGAAACGAAAUUUGUCAAUUCGCUUUUUUUGACCAACCUAAUUCAGUCACAGUAUGCGGAAACUGAGGUUAAAAUUAAGGCUUACGACGUUGAACCGGCUACGGCAGAGAUCAAUGAUCCGUUUGCCAGAUCAUCGAUGAACAGGAUUCUUGUGAAGUAUGUCUCCAAAGAAAAUCCUAUGGAGAACCUAAUAACUUUUGUGGCUAAAAUUAAACCAACGGAAGGAAAACUUGUCGAGGAAUUUAAAAAGAGCGAUGUUUUCGAUAAAGAAAUAUUCAUCUACAAAAAUGUUCUACCAAAUUUAGUGGCAAUUAUAUCGAAACUUGGAGGAACUGUUGAACUAGCCCCUCAGCUAAUCUAUUCGUCUGAUGUUCCAUCCAAUUUGAUGGUUUUGGAAGACCUCACUGUGCGCGGGUAUAGCGUGGAGAAUCAACAACUGGGUCUGAACUUGGAACAAAGUAAGAUGGCUAUCGAGAAAAUAGCAUUUUUCCAUGCUGCUAGUGCCAUAUUGAUAACCGAGCGUCCCAAUGAUUUGGCAAAAUUUGCGAAGGGCACAUUCCAUGCAGACCAUAAGGAGCAGUUGAAAUAUUUCACCAGUGCCUUGGCGGCGAUUGCCGAAAGUGCUUCAGAGUUGGGAAUAAAUUCCAACGUGGCAAACAAGCUGAAAGCACUACCGCAAAAGGCGGUACAAAAGGCGAUCGAGGCGUAUGGGAGCGACUUUCAAGGAUUCAAGGUGCUCAACCAUGGCGACCUCUGGACCAAUAACAUAAUGUACAAGUACAACAAAACGGAGCUGAUUGAUGCUGUUUUCGUGGAUUUCCAAAAUUGUGUUGUUGGAUCACCUAUUAUCGAUUUAGUUUAUUUCCUGACAUCCUCGCCAUCCUAUGACGUGCUGGAAAAAUCAAAAGAUGAGCUGGUGUAUAUAUACUAUGAAACGCUCGCGUUACUUUUGCAGCGUUUGAAUUACAAAAAAACAAUACCCUCAUUGAUCGACUUACAGGUGGAGCUACUCAAACAUGGUGCACUAGAGGUCAUUUUAUCACUGACAACGGCUCCAUUUUUGCGUACCAAAAACGCUCAGAAUACUCCAGCUAUGCAGCCCACACUCUACAACGAAGGACAAAAGGUUGACCUGAAGCCUGUGCUAAAAGCUCAUGCUAGUCAUAUCAAUCAACAAUUGAAAAAUUAUGAGAUUUGUGGCUUACUCGAUUGGGGAGCAGCUGAAAGCAAGAUUAAAGGACUUAUGGGACGUUUCCAGCGCUGAUUACACACGAUAGACUUUUGGUAUUACUCAUCCGACCAUAGUUGGUUUAUGGCUAUGUCAAACUUCUAUGAGCAUGUCUGCGUUGUCACCUUGAUUUGGUGUUUAAUGAAAGGU